AUGCCUCAAGCGGCUGCCCGGGCACUGUCCCAGGCAGAUCUCCCGCCCUCGGUUGAGAAGGCCUAUUACAAGAAGUGUAUCGACCUCCGACGGCGCAUUACCGACAUUGAGGAGAACAACGAUGGCACGCGCCUGCGCAUCAAGCGUCUACACCGCGGCAUCCAGAAGAUGCGCCUCGAACGUGCCUUCCUCCUCGAGCAGCUGCAGAAACACAUGGAGUUCAACGUCGAUGACUCGGACCGUAGUAGCAGUCCGCCGCCGACGCCCACCGACAAGCCGUUGAGGAGCAAGCGAAGCCAUCGUAAAGGCACACCACCCACAGGCGGUGGCGCACCCGCGCAGCAAGAGAGCCCUAGCAAUUCUCACCACCAACCGCUUCUUCAUGCGAUGAAUCCCAUGUCCUCUGCGCAAAGCACGCCGGAUCCGAGCCGUUCGAAUAACCCCUUCUUUAGCACCAUUGCCCCGACCGCUACCGCUACUUCACCACAUGCUGUCAAUGGCAAUGCGCAACCGAUUCUUCCACCGCUACAUUCGCUACCCCCGCUGCAGCCUCAACGUGCUCCCGAGCCUACGCGCGGCGCAUACUUCGACCCCGUAAGCGAGGAGUCACGGCCACCACCCGCAGAAAAUGACCCGGAAUUCGCAGGCCGGCGGCGCGCACUUUCUAGUGCGAAUCCUCCGGCUCCAGAACCACGCGAAGUGCAGAACGGUGACACAGAGAUGACGGACGCCGCGGGUGCUGGCUUCACGGCUGUCAACAGGGGUUAG